GUCCUGUGAACCACCUUCUGCUGUGGUCCGGGCGCAGGGGUGUCUACUGGACCGGCCGGAGCCCAGUCUGCACACUCAGAGCCAUGCCUCUCACCUCCCUGCAGUCUCUGCCCCCACGCCGCCGCCGGGUGUUCGUGGUGGGGGUUGGGAUGACCAAGUUCAUGAAGCCUGAAGUUAAGGAUUCAAAAGACUACCCUGACUUGGCAAAAGAAGCAGGUAUGAAGGCUUUAGCUGAUGCACAGAUUCCUUAUUCAGCAGUGAAACAGGCAUGCGUUGGCUACGUUUAUGGUGACUCUACCUCUGGGCAGAGGGCUAUCUAUCACAGUUUGGGAAUGACUGGAAUUCCUAUAAUCAAUGUUAACAAUAACUGUUCCACUGGUUCUACUGCUUUGUUUAUGGCCCAGCAGCUGGUUCAGGGCGGUGUGGCCGAUUGUGUCUUGGCUCUUGGGUUUGAGAAGAUGGAGAAGGGAUCCCUUAAGACAUCAUCUUCAAACAAGACUUCUCCGCUUGAUAAACAUAUGGAACUCAUGAUCAGUAAGCAUGGAUUGACUCCCCAACCAUUUGCUGCUCAGAUGUUUGGGAAUGCUGGGAAAGAGCACAUGGAAAAAUAUGGAACAAACAUCGAACAGUUUGCAAAAAUUGGAUGGAAAAAUCAUAAACAUUCAGUUAAUAACCCGAAUUCCCAGUUCCAAAAAGAAUACAGUUUAGAUGAAGUGAUGACAUCUCGAAAAGUUUUUGAUUUUCUGACUAUCUUACAAUGUUGUCCCACUUCAGAUGGUGCUGCAGCGGCAAUUUUGGCAGAUGAAGAUUUUGUACAGAAGUAUGGCCUUCAUUCCAAAGCUGUGGAAAUUCUGGCACAGGAGAUGGUGACUGAUUUUCCAAGCACAUUUGAAGAGAAAAGCAGUAUUAAAUUGAUUGGCUUUGAUAUGGCUAAAGAAGCUGCCAGAAAGUGCUAUGAGAAAUCUGGCCUGAGUCCCCGCGAUGUUGAUGUAAUAGAACUUCAUGAUUGCUUUUCCGUCAACGAGCUCAUCACUUAUGAAGCACUGGGGCUCUGUCCAGAAGGGGAAGGUGGAAAACUGGUUGACAGAGGAGAUAACACUUACGGAGGAAAGUGGGUCAUAAAUCCUAGUGGUGGGUUGAUUUCAAAGGGACACCCACUAGGAGCCACAGGUCUGGCUCAGUGCGCGGAGCUCUGCUGGCAGCUGAGAGGGGAAGCCGGAAGAAGACAAGUUCCUGGUGCAAAGGUUGCCCUGCAGCACAAUUUGGGUAUUGGAGGAGCUGUAGUUAUCACAAUCUACAGGAUGGGUUUUCCCGAAGCUGCCAGAACUCCUCAAAUUGCGGCUGUUCCAACCAACUCUGCAGUUGAAGGGUUUAAGUCAAGCCUUGUCUUUAAAGAGAUUGAGAAGAAGCUUGAAGAGGAGGGGGAACAGUUUGUGAAGAAAAUCGGUGGUAUUUUUGCCUUCAAGGUGAAGGAUGGCCCUGGGGGUAAAGAAGCCACCUGGGUGGUGGAUGUGAAGAAUGGCAAAGGAUCAGUGCUUCCCAACUCAGACAAGAAGGCUGACUGUACAAUCACAAUGGCUGACUCGGACUUACUGGCUUUAAUGACUGGUAAAAUGAAUCCUCAGUCGGCCUUCUUUCAGGGAAAAUUGAAAAUCACUGGCAACAUGGGUCUGGCUAUGAAGUUACAAAACCUUCAGCUCCAGCCGGACAAAGCUAAGCUGUGAAGAACUUCCUGUGUCUACCUUUGAAAAUCAAGAUGAGACUUAUAGAUACAUAUCCACAUAUUUCAUUGUUAGAACUUAGACAGAAACCAUGUGUUAGUAAAUAGCACGAGAUUUGUUUUUAAAUGGGUGUGACCAAUCCUGUUUUUCCGAAGCCCUGGGUGGGUAGAGCCCGGUGGCACACUUCUGCUUUGCUGCGUCACACACCACUGUGCGCUACAGAGUUAAUGCGGUAAUUAUGGUUUGGGGGGAAAUUGGGUUUCAGAAUAAAAUUAGGAACAGCAAAAGUCCCAAAGUUAUGUAGACAAAAGCUCUCAUUUUGCUUAUGAAGGAUAUUUGAGGAUUGUUCUGCUCAAGAUUCAAUUUAAGUUUUUCUUGGGAGGAUUAGGAGAGAAACAAAAUACCAAAAGCUGUCCAGUAAUUAGUUUGUGCUCUUAAUGACCUUAAUCUAUUUUCAUUAGUAAUUUUUAAAAUUCUGUACUGGGAUUUUAAAAUUUUUUUAGAUUUUGCAUUUUGCGCCAUCAGAAUGGUAUUUUCUUCCCACAUCUAAAUAAAAGAAAUAUGAUCAGAGCUUGGGGGGGAAUUUAUAACUGAACUCCAGGCCUAUUUUUAAAAUAAAAAAUAUUUUUAAAUGGGUUUCCUUCCUGAAAAAAUCAGUGUCGAAUAGUUUUAACAAUAAAAUUUGCUUUGAGAUGCAGUUUUAAAAUUAUAAUUUCAUAUUAAUUUAUAAAGCUUUCAAUCCUUUGUUAUAAUUUUCCUUCUCAUAUUAAUUAAUAAUCCACAUUUAUCUUCCUAGUUUUUCUAAUACUAAUGUUAUUUCUUAUAACUUAGUAAAAUACAAGGUAAAAUAAUGCUUUUGGAAGAAUGUUUAAUAGAGAAUUAAAAUAGCUCUUCCUGA